CCAAGCCACCGCAUCAGUGCUGAAUUCAAUAUUCGUCUGUAAUCUUGUCACGCGGUUUAUUUGGACGUAAAGAAAAGAUGAACCAAAGCCCUAAUGCUAUCUAAAACGGUUGGAUCUCCAGGUUGUGUUGCAGGUCUUUGUCUAGACUGAAAUGGAGAAGAAAGACUUGAAUAAGUGGCCCGAGGGUGAUCCACGGCCAGCUCACCUCUCUACCUGCAAAUGUAUGACAAUAGCCGCUGCGCUAAUUCUGUUCGUAGUUGGGGCGGCUGUGGGUUUCAUGACAGCGUACUUAAUUCAAGAGGAGCAUUAUUUUAUGGACACGGUGGAAUUGCAAGGACUCCGUUAUAAUGCAGACCUCCAAGAUAAAACGUCCGGAUUUUCACUAGUUUUGUCCGCAACUCUGAAAGAAAAGAUCAAGAACAUCUUUAGCGCCUCUGGAGUGGCCAGUCAUUUUAUCGACUGCCAGAUAGUGGCGUACGGGAAUAUCAACUCAAAUGUGAUGACCACAAUUCGUUUAAUCUUCCGGGUCUCUCAAAUUCAGGGGUACAGCCAGAGUUUCGUUCAAGACAUCCUACGCAAUGGAUUAAAGGCUCUUCUGAAUGGGAAACACAUUGUUGUUCCAGAAUAUGGGGAGAUCAGUGGCAUCGUCCUUCUCGGAGCCAGUGGAAAGUCAUUCUACGAGAUCGGGAAUGAUAUAAGUAAAUGUCCUGAUAGCACGUUUACCUGUGACAAUGGCGAGUGCAUCACAAAGCCAAAUCCCGAAUGUGACUACAUAACGGACUGCACUGAUGGUUCAGAUGAAACCUUUUGCUCGUGUGGAACUCGUCCAGUCAUGUCUAACCGUAUUGUGGGAGGUGAAAACACCCGGCACGGGGAGUUCCCUUGGCAGGUCAGUCUCAGACUACGUGGCCGCCAUACCUGUGGAGCAUCCAUCGUCAACAGCCGCUGGCUCGUCAGCGCCGCCCAUUGUUUUGAAGUAGAAAACAACCCAAAAGACUGGACAGCUCUUGUGGGUGCCAACCAAGUCAGCGGUGCGGAGGCUGAAGCCUUCAUAGUAAACAUCAAGUCCCUGGUUAUGUCUCCAAAAUACGACCCCAUGACCACUGACAGUGAUGUGACCGUACUGGAGCUGGAAACACCCUUGAAGUUCAGCCAUUACGUUCAGCCAGUCUGUAUACCAUCAUCCUCUCAUGUUUUCACUCCUGGGCAGAACUGCAUAGUAUCUGGUUGGGGAGCUCUUAAUCAGUACACAACUGAAGUGCCUUCCACAUUACAGAAGGCAAUCGUGAAGAUCAUUGACUCGAAAGUCUGCAACAAGUCAUCUGUAUACAGAGGAGCGCUUACACAAAAUAUGAUGUGUGCUGGUUUUCUUCAAGGCAAGGUGGACUCUUGUCAGGGAGACUCUGGAGGCCCUCUGGCAUGUGAGGUGGCCGCUGGGCGCUAUUUCCUAGCAGGAAUAGUGAGCUGGGGAGUGGGAUGUGCACAGAUCAAUAAGCCUGGGGUCUAUUCCCGUGUCACCAAGCUCCGCAACUGGAUUGUGAGCUACACCAAAACUGCACCAGCAUUCCAGGAGAACCCCACUGUCCCUAGUGUCACGACCACCGAGGCUCACCAUGUGAAAGCUGCAAAUCCUUCCUCUGAGCUCACCACUAGUGACUACAUCCCUGCUCUUGGGAACUGCAGUGUCAAUUAUAACUGUGGCAGAGGCAUGUGCAUCAGCAAGAUAAACCCAGAGUGUGACAGAGUCAUCGACUGCCCCAAUGAAGCCGAUGAGAAAAACUGUGACUGUGGGAAUCGUCCAGCAGUGACCCAGGAGAGGAUUAUUGGUGGUGUCACUGCCCGGCGAGGUGAAUGGCCAUGGGUGGGCAGUCUGCAGUACCAACGCAUUCAUCGCUGUGGAGCGACACUUAUCCACUGCAAAUGGCUCCUAACCGCCGCUCACUGCUUCAGAGGUGACCUGAAUCCUGCUGGUUACACGGUGAGUCUAGGCUCGGUCAUUUGGUCUGGGUUGGGUGCUCUGGUGAUCCCAGUGCAAAGGAUCAUCCCUCAUCCUGCUUUCAAUAGCAGCACCAUGGACUUGGAUGUGGCUCUGGUGGAAAUUUCCAUCCCUGCCCCCAAAUCCUACACCAUCCAGACUGUGUGUUUGCCUUCUCCCUGGCACAGCUUCAUCAAAUCUAUGGAAUGCUACAUUAUUGGAUGGGGCGCUGUGAGGGAGGAUGGUAUGAUUACAAAUUUGCUGCAAAAAGCACAGGUCGGUGUUAUUGAUCAGUCGGACUGCCAGCGGGCUUAUGGUGCUGAACUUACCGACAACAUGAUGUGUGCUGGCUAUAUGGAAGGACAAAGAGACACAUGUUUGGGAGAUUCAGGGGGUCCCCUAGUGUGCCGUGAAACCUUGGGACGGUGGUUCCUGGCUGGGGUGACCAGUUGGGGUCAUGGCUGUGGUCGAAUUGGCUUCCCAGGAGUUUACAUGCGGGCAACAGCGGUCAGAGAAUGGAUAUCUAUACACCUCCCUUUUUAAAUGUGGACACUGGAAAUGUCGAUCUUUCUUAUAGGUAACAAUUGAGGUCUCUCUCAACUGAAGAAAUCGCAUGAAGCUCAAAUGGAUUACUUUACCGACAAGUCCACACAGUACUGUCAAAAUAUUUAUUUAUUGAUAUGCAUUUUGAGGGAAAAGUCAGUAGAGAUGCACUCCUUCUGAAGCGUGCAAAUUCUAUGUGGGGCUGAGUGCAACUAACACGGCUGUGUGUAAAAUAAGAGUAAUUGAAAAUCAGUUUUUAUUGAGGUGGAGGACAAAACGAGACGACAUUUGGUUUUUCUUGAUAAAAAUUAAAUUUCUAGAGAUAAAGAGUCCUAUAAGUGACACUGGACCACAUAACCAGUCUUAAGUGGCAUGGGUAUUUUUGUUGAUAAUAGCCAAAAUCUAUUAAAUUAUUGAUUUUUCUUUCAUGCCAAAAUCCACUAGUAUAUUGAUUGAAGAUCAUGUUCCAUGAAGAUAUGUAAAUUUCCGACUGUAAAUAUUACAAACCUCAGUUUCUGAUUAGUAACAUACAUCGCUAAGCACUUCAUUUUGACAACUUUAAAGUGAUUUUGAACUCUCAGAUUUGUAGUUGCAUCUCAACCACACAUUGUGAUACACCAGGGAUGCCUAAAACUCGAUCCUGGAGGGCCGUUGUCCUGCAUAUUUUAGUUCCAACCCCAAUUUGACACACCUGAACCAGCUUAUCAAGAUCUUUCUAGGUAUACUGGAACAGUGUUUCUCAACCACGUUCCUGGAAGAUCACCAGCUCUGCACAUUUCCAUGUCUCCUCAACCAAACACUCUAGACUCAGAUCACCAGCACAUCAGCAGAGACUGACAGACCUGUAAUGGGUAUGACAGACUAAGGAGACGUCCAAAACAUGAAGUGUUGGUGGUCCUCCAGGAACGUGGUUGAGAAACACUGUACUAGAAACAUCCAGACAGGUGUGUAGUAGAAAGCAGGAGCUAAACUAUACAAAGUACCGGCCCACUAGGAUCAAGUUUGGGCACCUGUAUUACACUGACAAAGGAUAAACCAAACAAAAGCUUAUUUAUUCAGCUUUCAUAUGAUGUAUAAAUAUCAAUUACCAAAACCUGAUCCUGGAGGGCCACUGUCCUGAAUAUUUCAGUUCCAACCUCAAUUAGACACCUGAACCAGCUAAUCAAGUUAGUUCAAAGUAAACUAGAACAUUGUAUCUCAACCAUGUUCCUAGAUAACCACCAGCUUUGUACAUUCACCAUGUCUCCUUAACCAAACACACCCGAUUCAGAUCAUCAGCUCAUUAGCAGAGACUGAAAGACCUGUAAUAGGUGUGACAGACUAAGGAGACAUCCAAAACAUGAAGUGUUGGUGGUCCUCCAGGAACGUGGUUGAGAAACACUGUACUAGAAACUUCCAGACAGGCGUGUUAAAAAAAGUGGGAACUAAACUAUACAAGGCACCGGCCUUCUAGGAUCGAGUGCGGGCACCUGUCUUACACUGACAAAGGAUAAACCAAACAAAAGCUCAUUUAUUCAGCUUUCAUAUGAUGUAUAAAUAUCAAUUUCCAAAACUCCAUCCAGGAGGGCCAGUGUUCUUCAUAUUUUUGUUCCAACCUCAAUUAGACACCUGAACCAGCUAAUCAAGCUCUUUCUAGGUAUACUAGCUCAGUGUUUCUCAACCAUGUUUCUGGAAGACCACCAGCU